UCCCGCGAGAAAGAAGAGAUGCCACCUCUUUCUUCACUCAACCUGGCCCAGGAGCCUAAAGAUGCUAAUUUCAUUACGCGAGACCAGUGCGUCGUCUAUAUCAAGUUUAUCAACGCUCUUGGCCGCUUACGAAUGGAUAUCGCCAGCCAAGAUGGUCUCUUUGGACUCUGGGAUGCAGAUGCAGCUCAAUUUGGGAACAACAAUGAGAUCCUCGCCCGGAUCAGAGAGAAACGCUGGGCUGUAUAUACCGCACGCGCGGUUGACCGGUACACAAAAUGGUGGGAUGCAUGUCUUCCCACGGCCAAUCCGAUGCCUGCAAUGGCAACCAUGCGCGGAAGCGCGUACGGCCGGAUCUUAUGUCCUGAUAACGAGGUGGUAUGGCAAGAGAAAUACCUCCCUCCACUGGAUGUGCUAAUGGUCUGGCAUACCCAUAUGCUCAAUCCAUGGGAAUAUCUUGAGGAUUGUAUCCGACAUGGUAAAACGAGCACCUGGGCGAGCAGAUUCCCCUGGGAUAUGAUCAAUCGCAAAAUCAACGACCACACAAUACAAUAUAUUGCCACCGAGGAAGAACAAGCUCUCUUUGAGAGUCUUGUUACGUUCAAAUGGGAUAACUUGGAUGAUCCACUGAACAGCAGGAUCGCAUGUCCCGGUUGUGACAAACCCGUUACUGUUGACUGGACCGGUCGCAACUGGAUUAAAGGCUGCUCUGACAUCGAUACUGCAUUUGCGAACUGCACUGGUCUUGCCGACAAGAGCUUCCGGGUAGUCUGCUCGACUGCACAUUGCCAGCUCUCCAUUGACCAUGACCGACUCAAACUGGCAAAGUUACACAAGGAUAUUCGAGCCCUUGUGCACGAGGAUGUAUCCCUGCGGGGAUCAUACUAUAAUCUAGAGGGCAUCCUUGCAGUAUCUUCUCCCAAGCACAGAAGAAACUCUCCUCUAUUCCCCAGCGAGCUUUUUAAGAUCCUUUCACUGGAGCUGCUGGCAUUUACGAACCCGAAACAAGAUACAUGUCGCAAAAUCACCAAUCUGCACAGCUAUCUAGAGACCAAGCUGCGCGAUCAGCCAACUCUGGACCGUGCAUACCGGGAAGUUUCUGUAUGUGUUGUCGGCUCUCCAGAGAAGAAAUAUCUCAACCGCAUGCUGUCACGGUACUGGGACACCGCGACCCCAUUUAGUUUGGACCUUGUCGGUGCCGUGGUUCGGCAAGGUACAUUUAUGCAGCACGUUAAUCGCCUAGGUUGGGUGCAAUCGCCAGACAUCUUCGCCACCGCAGACAGACUGGUAGAUAAAUACUCAAUUUUCUUCAGCAUCAUGAAAAAGAACCCAAAACAGAUGGCUGUUCCGACAUUGGAUGUGGAUAUCGCGUGGCAUACACAUCUCCUGUCUCCCGCAAAAUACUACACUUACAGCAGCACAGCGGCGACGAAGCCCCAUCUUUUCAGUCAUGAUGACCCUGUAGAUCCCUGGCAGAUGCAUCUAGCAUUUAUCGACACGAGCAAGGAAUACCGUAAAGCCACAUCUGGAGCGAUCUACAGCGAGUGUGCCUGCUGGUACUGCGCGACCAUCAUCCAGAACGGCCUAUAUGAGAGCUCCAUGCCCAGUGCCUCAAAGAGGCGCGCCAGAAGAAUAGCUGACACGCUGUAUGAACAAGGAGAUAUCUUGUCAAAUGCACGCUGCGGCCCUCAUAUUUCCGCUCAUAAUGCUAUUGCCCUGAGCAAUGUGUCCUCGCGUGCCCAAUCCUAUGCGCAACACCGUCCGGACUAUGAGCAGCAUAUGGGAAAUGUACGACAGUUGAGCAUAUCACGGAGUCUUGAAAAGGUCCGCCAGCGCCUGCAAAAAUGCAAGAUUUCCGUGAACGCCGCAGCUGCGGAUCUUAUGACUGCUCCGGUGUCUGUCUGGGGAUAUCAAGUGGAUGUGGGCUUCUAUGCGCCCUACAUGCCAGAUCCAAGCAUUCAUGCCGAUCUGUAUGCUUAUGAUCCCCGGAUUGAAUGCCCAGAAUUACAAGGGAAGAAGGUAAUCGAUAACGAAUGA